UGGUCUCCUUCCUCAGAUAUCAUAUCAGAAGAUAAAAAAGAAGUCAAGUUUGCUCCACCUUUCAUUUUUGUGAAGCACCAUCACUCUUGGUCAGAGAAGGCUGAAAACCUCAGGAAACUACUGAUCCUGGGAUCCUAUAGGAUUGAGCUACAGCAGGUGUCAAAGGGUCCAGACAACGAACGAGACCCAGGAGGAGAGGAUGCUUUGGACCGAGGGAGGACCGUUGUCUCCCAGGGGGCUCGGAGUCCUCUUCCCGUGAGGAAGCAGAGGACUUCGGUGGAUGGAGAGGCUCCAAAGGCACGUGCCCCUGCCCGCCCUGGGCCCUAUAUCAGCGGAGCCCCUUGCCCGGGCCAGAGGGACGGAGGCGCAGCAAGAGCAGCCGCCGCCGCAGGGGCCAUGGAGUCGCUGCUGGUACCUGGCGCGGGGGGCGGGGAGGCCUUGAGCUGGCCGGAAUUGGGGGGCGCCCAGGCGAGGCGAUUGCCCGGGGAUCCUGCCCGCCUUCUGCCCCCGGCGCCCCCCUCCGCCUCCGCCUCCGCCUCCGCCGCCCCGCUCCUCUGCGCCCUGGAGCUGCCGCUGCCUUCUCCCGGCCGAGUCCAGUCCCCCGGGGCCCCUUCCCCGCCACCUCCUCUCCGCCCCGGGACUUCGCCGCCCUCGCCCCGGAGGGCCCCUGAUGCUUCUGCCUCCUCCUCCUCCGCCGCUCCGCCAUCCCCGACUUCUGCCGGGCAGCCCCGCCCGCCUCCUCCGCCCGGCCCCUUCGACUGGAUGAAAGUCAAGAGGAGCAGCGCCCUCCCCAAAAGGCAGUUCUCCGCGUAUGGACCAUCCUCCAUCCCUGCCAACCCUGCGAGGACCAACUUCAGCACCAAGCAGCUGACGGAGCUGGAGAAAGAGUUCCACUUCAACAAAUACCUGCCCCGGGCUCGGCGCCUGGAGAUCGCGAAAGCCCUGGGCCUCAACGACACUCAGGUGAAGAUCUGGUUCCAGAACCGGAGGAUGAAGCAGAAGAAGAGGGAGAGGGAAGGCGGGCUGGUCCCUGCCCCCGGGGCGCCUUUCCACCUCUGCCCCCCAGAUGCAAGCCCCAGGCUGCCAGGGCUGGGCUCCGUCCCCUCUUCUCCCACCCAGGGCUCACCCUGA